AUCUUCGCUCUUCCUACCUCCGCACCCAACACUUUACCAGGCCACUUUGAGCAGUCAGUUAGCAGCACUGAUAACCCACCCUGCCUCGAUUCCAGAACACCACAGCAGCCAUGGGCAAGGCAAAGUACAUCAUGCUCGACUGCGACAACACGCUCGUCCAGUCUGAGCGCUACGCCUUCGAGGCCUGCGCUGACCUCACCAACGAAGUGCUCAGCAAGCACAACAUCGACGCCAGGUACACGGCCGAGACGCUGCUUGAGGACUUUGUCGGCCACAACUUCCGCGGUAUGCUCAACGGCCUGCAGAAGAAGCACAACUUCCAGAUGCCGCCUGAGGAGAUGGACGACUAUGUCCAGCAGGAACUGGGCGCUGUCACUCGCAAACUGAGCCAGAAAGCGGUUGAGUGUCCCGGUGUGACUGAGCAGCUCAAGUGGCUCAAGGAGCAGGGCUACCCCAUGGCCGUUGUGUCGACUUCAGCCAAGAGCCGUGUCGUUGCGUCGAUUGAGAAGGCGGGCAUCGACCACUUCUUCCCCAACGAGCACGUCUACUCGGCUGCCACGUCGCUCAACCCGCCCUCAUCCAAGCCUGACCCCAAGAUCUACCUGUACGCAGCCGAGCAGCUUGGUGUCAAGCCUUCGGAGGCUGUGACGGUCGAGGACAGCAAGAGCGGUGCGACGGCUGCCAUGCGCGCCGGUAUCCCUUGCAUAGGAUAUGUCGGCAUCUACGGCAUCGAGGAGGGCAAGGAGAAGAUGGAAGAGAUGGCCAAGCUCCUCAAGGAAGAGACCAAGUGCGCGGCCAUCAUGUACGACUGGAAGGACUUCCCAGAGUGCCUCAAGAAGGUUGAGGCUUCCAUGUGAAUGCAUGGCAGAGCACCAGGCAUGACGAAGAUCUGAUGAGCUCGAUACGCGACUGCGGACGAGACUACGACCAUUGACGGCUUCUAUGAGUAUAUACAUUCAAUAAUGAAUAUUUGACGGGCAUGGCGCCCUCCAAA